CUCUAAAACAAUUAUCGAAAUAUAACGUUUCCGCAUUCCCUCUAAGACGCUAGUUUAUUUUCGAAUAUAAACGUUUCUAAUAAUAAACCAGUUACAAAACGUGCAACUGCCUAGUUUUUCUUCAAUUUAUUCUGUUCGGAAGUAUCCCUUUAAACUUAUACUUUGAAAGUGAAAAUCAUCAAGAGUGAUUCGAAUGAAUGGCAGACUUCGAGAAUCCACACGACAAAACUGAACUACAUAUAGCCGUACAAGAAAAUAAAGCAGCGUUGGUUAGGAAACUGCUUAAAGAAGGUACUGAUGUCAAUUAUAAGGAUAUAAAUAGCGGCACACCAUUGCAUACGGCAGCCGAAAACGGGAACGUUGAAAUUGCGAAAAUCUUGCUAGAGUUCAAAGCCGAUAUCCGCGCUAAAGAUAAAUACGGACGGACGACCCUGAAUGCAGCCUUUUGGAACGGCGAAGAACUCGCAGCGCUUCUUCUAGACAAACUCGAUGACAUCAACAUCUCUACAAACAAUAGAGAUGACACUCCUCUUCAUCUAGCCGUGGAAUCAUGCUAUCCAGAAUUGGUCAAAUCCAUAUUGAACAAAGGCGGUCGGGUGAACGCCAAGAAAUAUAGAGGUAGGACACCCCUUCACGUUGCUUGCGAAGUUGGCAACGGAGCUAUAGCAAGGAGUCUUUUGGAGUUCGGCGCCGAUUACAACUGUAAGGAUGAUACUGGAGACACUCCUUUACUUAUAGCUUCCAGAAACGGAAAAGAAGAAGUAGUGCGAGCGCUGUUAGAACACCACGUUGACGUUAACGUACGAGUCAGGAAGGGCGAAGCGGCUUUGCAUUUCUUGGUUGAAAAGAAAGUUAGCGAGGAAACAGUUAGAUUGCUGUUAAACAAGGGGGCUGAGGUUAACGUGGGCUCCAUUAUAAACAGAACACCGCUGCAUAUUGGUGCCAUAAAUGGUCAAACCAACACGGUUGAAGCUCUGCUUGAAUAUGGAGCUUAUACAAACUUUCAAGACGCUAAUGGACAGAUUCCACUCCAUUUAGCUUGCAUGCAAGGUAACGAGGACGUUAUCAGAUUAUUAAUUCGUUAUGGUUCUAAUCUUGACCUUGCAAAUGAGUUGGGUAAAACCCCGCUCCAUUACGCGGUGCUUUUUGGUUGUUGCAAAAUCGUCGAGAUGCUACUUGUGGAAGGAGCAGAUCCAAAUGUCCGGAAUAUCGACCAUAGAACCCCUUUAGCAUACGCCGUUUGUGAGAUGUUGAACUGUGAAAUGGUCUCUAUUUUGUUGCAGUAUGGCGCAGAUAUCAACAGUCAAGACAUAUACGGAUUAACACCCCUCCAUAUAGCCAGUAGAGCGUCUGGUAAAGAAUUGGUAUCACAUCUUUUGGAAAUGGGCGCUGAUGUGAACGCCAUAGACUAUCAGAACCGAACAGCCUUGGACAUUGCUUUGAACGAGUCAGUUGGAAAUCAAAGAGUUAUUUAUAUACUGAAAGAAAAUAUCAUUAUGAGAAACACUGCUGAUCUGUAUGUUUGUGAAGAAAACUUGAAUAAUCUUGAGUUUGACGAAGAGCUAGAAUAUUUUCAAGAGGUGUGCAGAAAGGAAGUCGAGAAAAUGGAAAAAUUUAAACUAGGAGGAAGCACAGUUUCCUAUCACAAUAUACUAACUAAAUCCAUACACAAACUAGCUAAAAUCAUAAUGAACCAAGAUGUCCUAAGAGCGUUGAAGACAGUGAAUCAUCAGAAUGAAUUUCCUUUAUAUAGUAAUAUUACUGAGCGGAUAAUAAAAAAUAAUUUUAGAGACGCAUUUGUGAGGAGACAGUUAUUAGACAGUUCUAUUGAAUUAUUCGAUUUUCUCCUGAAACUGCCUCAAAACUGUAUAGAUCAUAUUUUGAUCUAUCUUAGUAAUGACGACAUGGUAAACUGGAUAGCCUCUUUUGAUAAGUAGAUCUAAAAAAAUACUAAGAAUUAAAAAUUGUUUUUAAAAACUAUAAUGGAGGUUGCUCCUAUUAUUGUGAAACUGAUUUCAUCAUGUUUACUGAAUAAUGUAAAUCCAUUGAAUACGUUUAUACAAUUUGUUGAAAUAAAUAAAAAUUUUUAUGAUU